AUGUCUUCCGCUCUACCAAUUGUGGUCUGCGCCUUGGAUGCCGAAAUCGGCAAGCCGGUCUCCGAGCUCCUUCUUCCCGAGUUUGAAGUCAUCCACUUCAUCCAAAGCCUCUCAGCAGCCCAAACCGAGAUCCCACACCUUCUAGUUGGCCAGGAUCCACAGUCCCCACACACCAACAAUGUGGGCUCAAAGAAUUACGACAGACCGGUGCGUGCGAUUAUCUUCGGUCGUGGAUUCGACCUGAAAGAUGUCGAGGCUCUUCGCAACAAGGUCGCCAGUCUCCCGUCUGAUCCUGUUGUUUGGAUCGCUGGCGAUCCGAGUCGAAGCUUGCCUCCUGGUGCUGUGCCACCGCCUAAUUAUCCUCAGCUUGUGGCUGGUGUUGCUAGGAAGUUACUUGAUCGGUGGGUUGAGGAUGGGGCUGUUCGCGAUGAGAUUGUUUUGUAUUAA